UUCGGCCCCGCCUCCCGCCGCCGCCGCGCACGCGCGGUGAGGCGGCGCUGGCUGAGUGAGGCGGCGUGGGCGUGGAAGCUCGGCCAUGCUUCGCGUGGGAGACGGCGCUGCGCCGGGCCCUAAGGCCGUCGUGUCUAUUAUUCUCCCAGUCCACAAUGCGGAAAAGUGGUUGGAUGAAUGCUUGAAGUCUGUUUUGCAGCAGGACUUUGAAGGUGCUAUGGAGCUCUCUAUUUUUGAUGAUGCCAGUAAGGACAAAUCUAUGACUAUCAUUGAGAAAUGGAAAGUGAAGCUGGAAGGUUCUGGCAUCCCUGUGGUCAUUGGAGGCCAUGCUUCUCCCUCUCCUCGAGGAGUUGGAUAUUCUAAAAAUCAAGCGGUUGCACAGAGCUCAGGGACUUACCUCUGCUUUUUGGAUUCAGAUGACGUGAUGUUGCCCCAGAGAGUGAGGCUACAACAUGAAGCUGCUGUCCAGCACCCAAAGAGCAUCAUAGGAUGCCAAGUGCAGAGAGAUCCCCCAAACUCUACCAAGCGAUACACACGUUGGAUCAACCAGUUGGCACCAGAUCAGCUUCUGACACAGGUGUUCACUUCAAAUGGCCCCACUGUGAUCAUGCCCACCUGGUUCUGUUCUCGAACUUGGUUUCUCCACGUGGGCCCAUUUGAUGAGGGAGGGAAGGGUGUGCCCGAGGACCUGCUGUUUUUCUAUGAGCACCUCAGGAAAGGGGGUAGCGUCUUCCGGGUGGACCACAGCCUGCUCCUCUACCGUUACCAUCUGUAUGCGACCACACAUUCUGUCCUUGAGACAACCAUCUGGACUCACCGAGUCCACUUCCUGGAGGAGCAGGCCCUGCCCCGCUGGGCCUCCUUCACCAUCUGGAAUGCAGGCAAGCAGGGACGCAGGCUGUACCGGAGUCUAACUGCUGCCAACCAGCACAAGGUGGUCGCCUUCUGUGACGUGGACAGGAACAAGAUCAAGAAGGGCUUCUACUGCUAUGAGGAUGCACAGGAAAGGCCCAAGCCUCAAAUCCCCAUCCUGCACUUCCGAGCUGCACAGCCACCCUUCGUCAUCUGUGUGAAGCUGGACCUCACAGGGGGCGCGUUUGAGGACAACCUGAAGUCGCUGCACCUGCAGGAAGGCCGGGACUUCCUGCACUUCAGCUGAGUCCGAGGCAGUGGGCCCCAGAAGUCACCUGUGCUACCCUAGCAGAAAGGACAGUAGAGCCUUCCCCACACAUGGGCAUAGCUGUGCCCGGUCCUGUGGGCAUGUGUCCUCAGCCACUCUUUCAUCUGGGAGAGGAAACUGCCAGUGCCAGGAAGCAUGUGACACUGCUGGAACGAAGUAAGAGCCAAAGCCCUGCCUGUGUGGCAAAGCUUCCUGUUCCAGAACAGAGGCCACUGGCACAAGGAGCCUGGUGGCUUAAUCCAGACCUAGUGGGUGACUCCUUGGAAGCAGCGGGUGCCGCACUCUUGUCAGGCCUGGCCAGCUCCCCUAGGUCAAGCGACUGGAUACAUGUGGACACAGGUAUCCCAGGGGGCCAGGUAUUAAACGGACAGCCUGGGCUCACAGGCCCUGGUGAUCUUGCCCCCAUGUGGGAGAACAAUUCUGCUCCCACCAUUCCUGUGUCCAACCUGCGAUGCCCAGAGACAAAAGAUGCUCUUGCUUCCAAGGCCUGCCCAGUGGCAGGUAUGAGAAGGAAGAGGUGCUGCCUUUCCUUAAGAGGCCCUGGGUCUGCUCUGUCUAGGUGUGAGAAGACACUGGGCCUUAGUUUCUUCAGGACCAACAUGGUGCACUGAGGAACAGAGGAGUCAACAGUGUUUCCACAAGAGGACACGCUGGAUUCAGAACCCCGUAAGCCGUCAAGCCACUCAUUUGGCUGUCAAUGCUUUCUGUGGAUAGCCUCCACGGGUUGGAAGAACAAUCACCGAUACCCUGCAUACAGCCCAAUGACAUCAGGCAACACCCACAUCAAUCUCUCAGUGCCCGUACCAGCCCUGCCCAGCUCCAACACACAGUGGGUCUCAAGUCCGUCCUUCCCACCACCACCCCCGCACACGCGCGCAUGCACACACCAGCCUUGGAGACAGGCAUAUGUGGGCACAUGAUUUUAUGGAAAAGC